CCCCUCCUCCUCCGGUGACGUCGCUCGGCGGUUUCAUUCAAAAAAAGCGAGGGCGCUCGGUUUCCACCGCCGCGGUGCCUGCUGCGCCCUUCGCCCGGGAUGGAGCCGCCCAGCCAGGAACGGCUGGCUGGCGACUCGCUCCGAGACAGCCACCCACAGGAGAUGGCCGAGCCAAACCUGACUUUGGAAGCCCCCGACAGAGAAAGUCUCCCCUCCCCUGCCUUGCAAGAUGGGAAGAGCACCGGCGUCCCCCCAGGCUCUGCAGCGGCCGGGAGCUUCCCUCCGAGCCCAAAUGCAUCCUCGGAGGACGAGGCUUCCGACCCGGGACAGGAGAAGGAUAAUGGCAUCGUUUCAGACUUUGUGUCGCCUGCUGCUUCCCAGAUCUUCCCUCUGAACCUCCCGGAGACGGGACUCAACUCAUCCCCGGUGAAUGUGGCCUCCGUCCUCUGGCAGCGGAAGAAGGCGGCCGUCUCUCUGGUCUCGGCAGCAACAGGAAUGUCGCCUCUGAGCCUCCUGGAGACGGGCGUGAACACCUCCCUGGAGGAGAGGACUUUGACGCAGGACAACACAGCAGAAACAGACUCUCUGCUGUGGCGCUGCUCUCGGGACCAGCUGAGCAGCCUGUCUCGGGCAGAGCUAGAGGAACACCUGGCCAGCACCCAGAUCAUCGUGGAAGCCCUUUCCCAGAAGAUCCGGGACGCCCUGGAUUCCCAGAGGUGGCCCGCCUGCGUGGGACCGGCGGAUCAGAGGGACGCAGUCACCCAGACCCCCAUCUCUGAGCCCAGUGAGGAGGUGCAGCUGUACCGCGAGAUGUACGGGGCCCUCUGGAAGCGACACGACCCCCUUCAAAAGACUCUGAAGAACCAGCGUGCCCUGGUUGAGACGCUGGCCACAGCCACAGACGAGAUGAGAGGAUGCCUUUGGGAUUCCACAUUUCUCCGAGAGACGGCGGACGCCUCCUUCCAACGCCUUCAGGAGGACCGUCGCUCCCUUAGCCAGCAGCAAAAGCAGAUGGCCGACCUGAUCUCUCGCCUCCGAGAGAGGUGGAGCCGGAUUGAGGGCGAAAGGAAGAAGGCCCUGAGAGCCAAGGAGGCGGCAGACCACGUUCUGGAGUUGUUCCGGAAUCACGCCAGCCACCGCAUCGGGCAGCUGGAGCAGGCCUGCGGGUCCCGGCAUCAUCUCUGCACCCUGCUGGCGGAGGCCAACGCACUCCAGUCUGAUCUCUCCGGAGGCUACGCCAAACACCUGGCGGAGGAGGCCUGCCUCGCGACAGCCCUGCAGGGCAACUGGGCGCAGAUGCGGCACGACUAUGAGGCCAUGAGGACCCUGGCGGGCCGAUUCCGAGUCACAAUGGGGCAGAUGGUCCAGAAGGUGAGGGCAGCCCAGCAGGAGGUCGCCCAGCACGAAGAGGUGUGCAGGAGGCUGGAGAACUCAACGCAGGAGCUGAUCGAAGCCUUGGCACGGGGCAAUGAGCUGACUGCAGCCAAGGUUCGCCUGCAGACAGAGCUGGAGGCUGUGAGGGAGAAGGCGGCUGCAGCCGAGAGCCAGCGGGAUCGGCUGCAAGAGGAGAAGGAGAUCCUUUCCUGUCAGUUGUCCGAGAAGCAGGACGUGAUCCUGCAGCUGCAAGAGGAAGCAGCGCGGCUGUCCUCGGAGAAGGCCAGGGCGGAGCAGGAGCGCGACGAAGCCCAGCGGGAAGCUCGCGAGACGGCCGAGUGCCGGGAGUUUAUAGAUCUGGAAAACCAAAUUGCCCGCCGCCAUCUCUCAGAGACAGAGGAGGAACUGAAGGCCACCCUCGUUACUCUGUUGGAGCGCAGCGCCCAGCUGGAGGACCUCAAGGGUGCCCACAGUGCCCUUCAGCAGGAGCGAGAGGCUGUGGGUGAGGAGCUGGCGAGCGUGAAGGCGGAAAUGGAGAGGACCCGAUCCAGCAUGGAGGCCUGCGCCUGCUCCUUGCAGGAGAUGGGCGACGCUCAGACGCAGCUCCUGGAAAUUGUCAGUUUCCUCGAACGGGCGCUGCAGGGAGAGGUGGUCGACACGGCCCCCAGGCGGCGGCCCUGCACCCCCAGGCGACUCACCCCCCACCGCUUUGGGACCUCCUUCGUGGACAGCAUCUUGCAGGCAGUGGCGGAGAGAGACGUGGAAACUCCCGGGAUUUGGAGCGAGAGCACCGCUUUCACGAAAGCCGUUCGCGAAGGUCCGCCCAAGCCGGCAGAGCUCCAGGACCAGCUCUCCACCAGCGUCCAAGACUUGCUGGCGGUUUCCGAACAGCUCCGCCUCCUGACUUCGCAGCACACGAGGGCCACCCAAGAGGAGGGGGAAACCCUGCAAGCGGAAAUUUUGCGGCUCCAGGGCCAGGUGGAGAGCCUGGAGAGGGAGCUGGAGGCCGAGGUCAGUUCCCGCGACGCCAGCAUGGCCAAGCUGAGCAAGGCUCUCCACGACGAGAUGCAGAACAAAAAGGAACUUCAGGAAGUUAUCCGGCAGCAGGACAGGGAGCUUCAACAGCUGGCUGACCAGAGUGGGGACAUCCGGAUCCUCAAACUGGAGUUGGAUCAGGUGAAAUCGGACCUCCGCAGCUGUGAGAUGGAGAGGUCAGCCCUGUGGGAAGAGCUCAGGGAGCAGAAUCCAUCCAGCGCGAAUUGGGUCCAGGAGAAGACCUCUCUGCAGCGGCAGGUUUCCAAACUGAGGGAGCUUCUGGUUGACAAGGACAGAGAGAACAUGGGCCUCGUGAUGAGAUACCAAAGUCGGGUGAGGCAUCUAGAGGAGCAUCUUCUUCGCGCUCAACAGGAGACGAAGGCACUCAAGAGGACGGAGGCAAGGAUAAGGGAGGUGGCGUCUUCGUUUCCCGCUGAAGCUUCCCACAUCUCGGAAGUGCGCUUAAUUCUCGACCUCCUCGGAUGAAGCCGGCCGAGGGCGUGUUGGACUGGGGGGGGGGGAGAAUGGGACAAGAGAAAGGAAGGGCUGUUUGUUGGCCUGAUCCGGCCGCGUCUGUGUAUUUAAGUAAAUGUUGUGUGUGUUUUGCAAGGAUCGGUCUGUCUCCAAGUGUGAAGGUCAUUUGGGCGGACGGGAGCGUCCUUAAAUCUGGGCAACUUUUGCACACACACACACACACCCAAAAUGCCACAAGCUG